AGUUGCCUCGCGGCGCGUGCGACACGAGGAUUGCACCUCUAACCAAAAGCUCGAUUCCUUUUGCGCCACCAAUCGAAGUCAGAAACGAUCCCGCCAGUGUAUUCUCACCCUUACAUUCCAUGCGUUCGAAAUUCAAAGUUUUAUUCAACGUUCCAGUCUUAUCCGAAUAUCGAAUAGUGAAUAAUUUCGAACGGUGUUUUUGAAAAAGGAAGUUAAUGACAUUAGAAUUAAGAUUUAUCUAUCGAUCGGAUCAGAUUUAUCAUCUAUGAACAAAAUAUAAAUCAUUUCCGGUAUUUGGAUUUGUUUGGCGGUUUGAUUAUAAAGGACAUAAUACACGUGUCAACAGUGGGGCCUUUGUGAUCAAUGCAACCUUCCACUUGUCGAAUGGUGCAUAAUUUUGAAAUACAUGUUCUUUAAUUUUGGUUUCAAAUUCGAGACCAUUUUUCACAAUCGCAUUGAAUUUCAAAUAUGUCUUUAUAAAGGUGGAUGUUUUUAUUUGUGUAGACUAUUUUCCUGUGAACGUUUGUUGAGGUGGUUCAGUGUUCGUUCCGAUUUUAAUGUAAAACACAAUGUUACGAAAAAUCAAUGUGUUCGCCGCGAGGUUGGCAGCAUUGGUGGUGCUCCACGCAGCCGGCGCUGGUCUGGCGUCUCCCACUGUCCUGGUCACCCGACCGGUCACCAGGGUGCCGGUGGAAUGGCUGCCCACAGAUAACCAGACAUUAUAUAGGUUGGGCGAAGGUGAGAUAAGAAGUUUGGAGCUGAACAUGACAGCGACGUCUCACACCCCAGUGUUCGUGACAGUGAGCCCGUGUUCCAGGGAUUUCAGGUGGACUGUGUAUCACGGCACUCAUAGUAAAAAUGGUCCCCUGAUGUUACUGAAGGAAUAUAAUGGCGGCACUACGGACACAUUUUCAACCUUCGUCUCACAGCACGACCGUUACAUGAUACAGAUGACCUCUUUAGGAGGCGGGUCAGCUGCUGUGAGCGUGAGGGGCGAGGCGGCCAGGAGUGUGCGCAUGCGACUGAGGGUCCGGUCUCGCCGCAGAUUGACUGCCAACUGGGAGCCCAGCCCUAUCGACCCUCAAGCAACUACAUACUGUGUAGUGGCAUCACACAUCACACAAUACACAUCUCUUUGUGCAGCUCAAUAUGACAUCAAGACAAAUAGAAUAGACAAUAAAUCUAACGGGUUCAACCCAGAGGGACGAUCGAACCUAGAGUUCGACCGGUUGAACCGCGAGGCCUACGGACUGAACUCGCCAAAUGUAAUUAACAGCACAAUGUUUAGUUCUACUGAAGUGGACAAUUCGCUAGAAAUGGACCCAAGUUUUGGAGUUUAUAGUGGCGAAUUGAAAAAUUUUUAUAGAAGAAAAAAGUUUGGAAGAAGCACAAAGGUAACAGAUGGAGACCCAGUCAUAGCUUGCGUGGGAGAGAGAACACAUCACGUUAUCGAAAACUUGGAUCCAAGUACGACCUAUUACGUAAGCGUGUUUGGAGUAGCUCGAGACAGGAGGUUAGGAUCCCUGCUGGCGACAGGCAGCGUUCGACCCAGGACAUCCACGGCGAAGCGGCUGAGGGAAAAUGUGCCCUUUCGAGCUGAUAUCAGGGGGAAAAGUGUCUAUUAUUUUAAGGCCACAGUGUCGUCAGGCGGCGGUCUCUGGUUGACAGUGUCAGCGUGCGGCGGGGCGGUCGACGUCGAGGUGUUAGUGCGGGGAAAGAGGAUACACUUGUCCAAGAAUAUUGAAUCACAUUCAAAAUUCUUCGUCCCCGGACCUAUUCCCACUUCAUCAAUCCAAGAAACAAGCGAGGAGAGUUCCGUUCAGUUCGACUCGAGCUCCGAGGAGGCGCGUAUGCGGUAUGUCAUCAAAGUGGCGCCCAGUCGAUGGGACAGGGACGGCAGUGUUAGUGUUGAGAUAUCAGCUUCCACGUCUAGAUGGGGUAUCAGCACGCCGGAGUUAUUGGAAGAGGGAGCGAUAGUCCGGGAGCUCAGGCCGAAAAGGACGUGCCGAUCUGUCGACGUCGCUUUCUUGCCGGCCACGCACAACGCUACCGACGUCAUUAGAUAUUGCAUCUCCGUUCGUGAAAAUGUGAUUGGAGAAAACUAUUCGUGUUUUCUGGCGAAAAGGUCCAAUGUGAAGAUGACUUGCCUUACCAGAUUACAACGGACACAAGAAAAGGUCAUCGUUCAAAAAGUGAAUGGACUUAAACCUGGCCGAAAAUACGCCAUACAAGUGACCGCCUCAGCCAGAGGCAGUUCUGUGCCAUACAAAGUUUUGUUUGUCGACACAAAUGUGUCAUGCAAAGAUGAAAUGAUAUGAAACUCAAUUCAGUAUUAACUUGUGUUUGUAAAUUGUGAUUUUUUUAAAAUUGUAGGUUUUACUAUGGUUCCAUCUUUUUGUUUAAUCAAUAUAUAUAUAUAUAUAUGUUCGUAACAUGGUUACAUUAUUUUCAAAUGUUUAAUGUCUCAUCCUCGCGUGUCCUCGGGAACAUUCGGUUAAAUUCGGAGCUACAUCUAUAACGCUCUAUUGAAUGCUAAAUAUAUUCUUGCCAGAAUCGAGCCACUUCGAAGGCUUCAUCGGAAGCUGUCAUCAAGUCAGCCCUGGUAUGUGUGUUUGGGCAUUCGGAGCUGUGACGCCCCGAUGUCCGAGGUUUGCGUCAAUUCAUCAAGUCUAUCAUUAAAUUUUGAAGAUUUGGCUAUGGUUUUACAACCGGCUUCUUGCCUGGCGUCUACUGUCCUUUGGGAUGAUAUUUUCGCUUAUCAGCCGCGGCAUAGGUCCCUUAAUCGCUGCGUACGAUAUUCACGGGAAGAUCCUAUUAUAGGGCGGGAACCAUACACCGUAGAACAACAUAGUAUAUGGUUUUUUAUUUGGGUACCUGAUAUUUCAAUGAGAACCCAAUCAAGAACUCAAACGGAUAAUCAUAUUUUUUACCUAAGUGAAUGUAUACGCAUAUUAGUUUUAAAGUCAUUGUGUGGAUAAAUAUUAUUUUCUAGUUAGUUAUAAAUAAGUACUUAUUUAUUAAAUUUUGUGGCAUUUAUGUGUACCUAGCAAUAAAGUAAGUUUAUGUACUUAAAGCAUAAUCGGACUAUUAAUAAGUUCCUAUUUUUGUAAAUACCUACUUAUCUACUAUCCUAUAUAUUUAAUUCGAACAAGUACCUAAGUAUAUUAUUUGUAAGUUGGAUAACAAAGUAGUGCCUGUAUUGCCUAUAAUUAUACUGUUUUAAAAUAAAACAUUAA